UUAAACAUGACAAUAACCACACCCUCUCUCCUUUUCUCUCUGCAACUCAAUUGGAAAUACGAAUUCUAAAUUUCUGUUCCUUAUUUUCUACGAACUCCUCUUUUGUCAAUAUUACACCACCUUAGCAGUUUCAAAGAAUAAGCAUAAAUAUUGAAUCAUAUACCCCCACCGAGAGGUCCUGAUACUAAUGCAAGUUGUUAUACCCCGCUGUUCUUGGGAUUUAUUAAUACAUAAGACAUAUUUGGAUGUCAGACCGAGAGCCACCAAGAGAUGGAGGUGGCGGAGGCGGCCCGACGGAAAAGAUUGAUCAAAAAGAAAGAAAGUGCCAUUCCUGCGGCAAAAAGGGCAAAAAAGUUUCCAUUUUUGGGUUCGGGAAAGGCAAGAAGCUGCUGCAACAGAGGAGGAAGCAUAAGGGCAGUUCUGUAAAUUCUGGGUGUUGGGCGAAAAGUGGAGGUGGGGGUGUCUUGUGCUUCAAGCAACCGCGGGCUAUGGAUUCCUCGGUUAUAAGAUAUUUGGUACAGAGAUUGAUUGACCAUCUACUCCUGACUUGGUCUAAGAGAAGAUUUUGGGUACCAAAUUUUAGCAUAUACUCUUCAAAUAUUACAAAAUAAGCGUGUGAUAUUCUGUACAAAUUGUCAAGCUUUACUAGGUUGAGCUUUGAUUUCUUCUAAAAUUAUUUUAAAGAAUUGUUGAAAUUUGUAUGCCUGGGAUUCGUGUCUUAUCUCCUGGAAUCAUGUUGAGAGGCGCCAGAAGGUGUGGAAAAUCUUCACACAAGAGUCGACCUCUUUUGCCUCUAGGCCAAUGUUGCCAGAAGUCGAAUGCUGGAUCAGUAAAACCUGAAAGGAAGAUCAAAUUGAGUUGGUUUUGGAUACUUGGAAGGAAAAUAUUUAUGUUCGUGGACAGCACCUUCAGAAUUCGCAUAUAGUUAUGAAAUGUAUCUGCCGAGUGCAUUGUAUGCUGGAUUUCGGUCAUUUUUUUUAUGUGAUCGAACUGGAUUGCUGAAUCCGUUAUAUUUUUUAAGAUUUCAGAAUCCUUUCAUGGACGAGAAAUCUUGAUUCGAAUUUUAUUCUCUUCUAGUCUGGUUUUAUAUUGAUUAAGUUACAACGUAUAUGUGUUAACUUCUAAUAUAAAACACUAGCGUUUGGUGUUCGGUAUUUUUUCUCAUAUCACUCAACUAGAAAAUAUAUUAUCGCUGGAAGUGAAGUUUCUUUGUUUCUGUUUC